GCUCGCGUGUGGCGCGUGUGACGUUUGUUAAGUUAGUGCAACUGUUUUAUUUUUAUUGGGUGGACUUUGAAGGGGAUUUUUGUUUUUAUUUCACCCUUAAUUUUUGUGUUAGUGAUUCAUUGUGUUGUGUUCUUGUUUGCUUCGCGUUUGUCUUUGUGUUUCCCUAAUGUAUUGAGUAUCAUACAAGAUGCCCGUAUUUCACACGAAGAUAAUCGAAAGUAUUUUAGAGCCGGUUGCUCAACAGGUAUCCCGUCUAGUGAUCCUUCAUGAAGAGGCAGAAGAUGGAAACGCGAUGCCGGACCUGGCACGGCCAGUGCAGGCCGUGUCACUUGCCGUCAACAAUCUCGUGAAGGUUGGCCACGAGACCAUUGAGUCAUCAGACGACCCAAUCCUGCGUGGAGAUAUGCCUGGUGCCUUACGUCGUGUGGAAGGCGCGGCGACACUACUCCAACAGGCCUCUGACAUGUUAAGGGCCGACCCGUAUUCGGGACCUGCCAGGAAGAAGCUGAUAGAAGGAUCUCGAGGUAUUCUUCAAGGUACAUCGGCGCUUUUGUUGUGCUUCGACGAAUCGGAAGUCAGAAAGAUCGUAAAGGAAUGCAAAAAGGUGUUAGACUACUUAGGCGUGGCUGAAGUAAUAGAUACUAUGGAGGACCUAGUGCAGUUCCUGAGGGACAUAUCGCCAGCGCUUUCGAAAGCAGCGAGAGAGGUAGCAGCCCGCGCCGCGGAACUAACUCAUCCUCCACACGCGGAAACUUUGACUCGCUGCCUGGAAAGUGUCAAAAAGUUGGCUCCAGUCCUCAUCUGCUCAAUGAAGAUAUACAUCCAUAUACUGUCUGAAGGUGGCAAGGGCAUAGAAGACGCAUCAGAGAACAGAAACUAUUUAGCAAAACGCAUGGCGGAUGAAAUUCACGAAAUAAUUAGGGUGUUGCAACUAACGUCAUACGUAGAGGACGGCGGAGAGAAGGACAAUAUCGCAGUACUGAAGGCGCUGCAAUCCAUGAUACAUAACAAAGCGGGAGCUGCGCACGAGUUUCUUAAUGAUCCCGAAGCCCUCCGUAAUACAGUGGGUGAGCGUGCAUUACGCUCCGUAUUGACUUCGGGACAACGUGCAGCUGAACAUCUCACUCCCGCCCACGCUGAUACGCUUAGAUCUACUGUCAGAUCUGGUGGUAUCAAUGCUGAUAUACUGUGUGAUGAGAGACAAUUCGGGCGAGGCAAGGAACCUAAGGCAUUAAAACUAGCCUCGGAUCUGGGCAAUCAGCUUGACGAGGUAGAAGGUGUGGUCAAUGAAGGAGUAAGGGCCGUCGAGCAACAAGGCGGGAAGACGAUACAGGCCAGAUUAGAAGCAGCUCACAAAUGGUUACUUCACCCGGCAGCCGAACCUGCUACCCGUCUUGAAGGACAAAAGGCUAUUAGCAGCAUUGUGGCCCAAGGACAUACUAUUGCCGAUAACCUGCACGGACGAGAGAAAGCGGAAAUAAUGCAGCUCUGUUCCGAGGUGCAACAUUUGUCUGACAAGCUGUCCGAUCUGUGUAUGCGCGGUCGCGGCGACUCAGAGGAAGCCAGGGCUGUCACUAGGGAGUUGACGGACAAAUUGCAUGAGUUAAAACGCGGGUUGGACCGUGCUGUUGUCAAUCGAGUAGUCGAAGACUUCAUAGAUGUCGCUGCGCCUCUCCGACACUUUACAGAUGCUGUUAACGCUCCAUUAGGAACCCCGGGCCGUGAGUUAAAGUUCGAGGAGAAGGCGAAUGCCUUGCAAGCGUUUAGCGGAAAGGCUGCUGCCGCUGCGGAUAUGGUGGCUGCUGGAGUACGCCAUAAUAAGAAAUUGGCUGAUAUGCUGCAUCAUAAUGCUAAAGAGGUCGAAAAACUUUCCCCGCAACUGGUCUGCGCAGGAAAAAUUCGUCUACAUUAUCCUGAAAGCAAGGUCGCAGAAGAACACUUCAACAACUUAAAGAACCAAUACGCGGACGCAGUGUUGCGCUGCAGAGAUCUUUGUGACCAGGCACUUGACCCGCUCGACUUUGUACGCACUGCUGGUGAGCUGAUGCAGAAGCACACAUAUUUAUGUGAAGACGCUAUCCGUAACAACGACUCGCAGAAAAUGGUCGACAACACAUCCGCUAUCGCUAGGCUUGCCAACCGCGUACUCCUCGUGGGUGGAGCGGAACGCGAGAACACUGAAGACAGUGAGUUCGCUCUAGCUUUGGGCGCUGCCCAGCAACGCCUACAGGCCAGCAUUCCGCCCGCCGUAAGACACGCGAAACUAGUCGCUCUACAAGACAGAAGCGCUGUUCCCGCUUGGAGAGCUGCUAAUAAUGAGAUUAUUAAAGCGUCGAAUGGCGUAGAAGAAGCCCUAUCCCGGCAAUACGGGCCUCCACCACCACCACCGGCAUUGCCGGAGUCGUUCGCUGCCCUCCGCGUCAACGUGCGAGAGGCCGCGCCCCCCAGGCCUCCGCCUCCAGCCGUCUCUGCACCACCCAGGCCGCCGCCUCCAGACACUGACGACGAGGGAGAGGAUAUCUUUGAUAGGCAGCCGCAUCCUAGUCAGCCUAUUUUGGUGGCAGCCCAUAACUUGCACCGCGCAGUUCGCGAAUGGUCUUCGAAGGACAAUGAGAUCAUCGCAGCCGCGAAACGAAUGGCUAUUCUCAUGGCUCGACUCUCAGACCUCGUACGAUCAGACUCCAAGGGUAGUAAGCGUGAACUGAUUGCCACCGCUAAAGCUAUCGCCGAGGCUUCAGAGGAGGUGACCAGACUGGCGAAGAAACUUGCCCUCGAGUGUACUGACAAGCGAAUUCGAACCAACCUGCUGCAAGUUUGCGAGCGUAUACCAACCAUCGGUACUCAAUUAAAGAUCUUGUCGACCGUCAAGGCUACUAUGCUUGGAGCACAAGUCGGUAUGGCGGAUUAUAGAGGUAGCGAAGAAGACCAAGAGGCGACUGAGAUGUUGGUUGGAAACGCACAAAAUCUCAUGCAAAGUGUAAAGGAAACAGUGAAGGCGGCUGAAGGCGCUUCAAUAAAAAUUCGCACAGAGCAAGGAGCCUACAGGCUUCGUUGGGUGCGCCGUUCUCCAUGGUACCAGAUUUAAACAAAAUCGGGUAGAAAUCAAUUUCAUCUAAUAAUAAUGCAUCUUAUAUUGUAUUAAUAAAUUAAUACUCCCACAAAUAAUCAACUAUAUACUCUAUGAUCAAAAGCAUCGUACACAAUAUUUAUCUCGGUGCUAUAAUAUUUUUUGUUUUAUAAAAAAGAAACGUGUGAUUAUGAUAUUGAAAGUGCCAUUUUAAUGUGCUUUAUAGGUGUAGGAUAUACGCGUACCCUUAGCACGGAUAAUAAAAAAAAUCGUAUAAUAACAUUUUAAAGGGAAGUUUCGCCACUUCAUUAUUUUUUGAAAAUAUGCCUAUUUUCAAGAAAACAUUAAUAUGUAUGAUGCAUAUUCAAUAUUUGACUUGGAAGUAAUAAUGUUUUUAUGGAAUACGUACACGCCAAUAACUGUCGAUUUCGUGAUGACGUUUACGAAUACUGGUUAACACUAUCGUAUUUCGUGCUAAGGGUACUGGUCUGUGUAAUGAACGGAUUAUAUAUAUAUUUUUUUACGGAUGUAACGAUAACCAUUAUAUAUAUAAAGAAUUGUCAUAUGGAUGAUAUUUAAAGAAAUUUCAAAGAAUUCAUGGCGUACAUCAUAUACGUGAGACGGUUACGGGUAAGAUGAACCCGACGUAGUGUUCUUCAAUUAAUUUGUAUCUACCCUCCUUUGUCGUAUACUGUACCUAAAACUACCGUAUUAUACGUACAUGGAAUUUAAAUUCUUCAGAUCAUUUAGUUCGUCUUGAUUCAAUAUAUAAUGCAUAUAAAAUGGCUGAAAAGUAGUAUACUGUGUGGGUACAUAUACAUAAGAUAUAUGAUUUACAUUUUAUAAAUGUUGUACUCAUUCUAGUGGCGAGGUGUUCGCUGAUAUAUAAAUUCUUUAAACCGAAUAUAAACUGAUACAAGUUCUCAAAGUCUCACUUUAACGUAACUUUUUUCACACCAUACUUAUAAUAUAUUGUAAAGAUAGGUUUGUGUAAUCUCUAAUUCUGAGCUUUUAGUAUAUACUAUGAAUAAUCCUUUCCAAAUAAAUAAUGGCCUUAACGUAUCUAAUAUCUAUAUUAUUAGAGUUUUUAUACACCUUAGAAAUAAUCUUUAAUCCUGUCCUACGUAACUGAUUGAAUAUAUAAAUUAUAAUCAACGCUAUCUAGAGUAUAUCUAAUAUCUAAAUUGUAAUCUAUAUUUUUAUAACUAAAUACAGUCAAAAUCUGUUAUAACGACAUCGUAACAGCCGAUGACGUCGUUACUAAGUACUCAAUACUUUUACCGGGACUUGAUUUGGUCCAUAUAACCGAUAUGUUGUUCUAAACAAUGUCGUAAAAGGUUUUGACUGUAAAUGUAUUUUUCAUCUCAUAUUAAUGUUUAAGAGUUGUGAGGAAGUAUUUAUAAGCAAUAAUUGUGACUAAGUAUUAAAUCUAAUGUAAGUUGUUAUUGAGUGUCUUGUGCGCUAACUAAAACAAACGCGUGAUUUUUUUUAUAUAAAACGCCACAAUGAAUUUAUUUUUAACUUCAUUUUUUUAUGUUACGAUGAAUUAAGAUUUACAUAUAAUCUUUAGCGAUUAUGAAACACAUGUUCCGGACAUUACACAUUGCUCGAAACUCAGAGCAUCUUACCUGUUUAUAUUACUUCUAUUUUGCAGCAGGCCGUGAUGGGAUUUCUAUGAAAAUAUAUUGGAUGUAUCGGCCUUGAAUACCUUUAAUAUAAAUAUCGCUCUAAAACUUGCCUCGAGCCAAUUUGGCCCCAAUACUUUAGAGAUUUUGCAAGAUGGACUAAAGGCCGAUUCACAUAUCAGCGAAGCCACAGUUCCGUCAACAUGUCCGCUCAGUUCAGUAUCAGUGAUACAGUAUUGCGUCAGUCAAUCAAUUCACAUAUGUCAGUUCUCCGUUUACGGAUCUUCAAUGAAAACCCUAUUUUCACGAACCAAAUAUAUCAAUCGCUUGUGAAUUUUGCUUUCAAUAAGGCGGCGUCAGUGAUCCGACAAAAAAUAUCGUUGUCAACGAAUCCGUCCGUGAUUGUCGGUGGGGAUGCGUUCAUAGAGAAUGUAAUGAAUGAAUACUCUUUGUAUUUGGUGCUGUGAGGCUACUAUGUCGGAACUGUGGCUUCACUGAUAUGUGUGAAUCAGCCUUUAAGGUAGCUUAUUGGUUUUUUAGUAAUAUGGAAAUCACAUUUUAACGAUUUCAUAUUUUACAAAAAUAGUAUAAUCUUGUGUAUACUUGACUCUUUUUAUUUGCAUACUUUUUACCUUUGUUACUUACAAUUGUUUUUUUUUAUUUAUUGUAAUAAAGCUUCUUUUACAA